AUGUUGGAUAAGAAAGAGGCCCCAGUUUCCACAGAAACCUUGGAUUCUUCUUCUAUUUCUUCUGAAAAUUUUCCUUCAGUUAAAUAUCAAAGUUUAACAGGAAUGAGUGGUGAAGAUCCAUCAAAAAAGCCUUGUUCAGAAACUCCUAGUUCAAUUUCUUGCGAAAAAUAUGCUGGUGUUGUUGAUAUUUCAUCAAAUACUUUAGAUAAUGAGAGAUCUGAUUUUUUAUCAUGUCAAAUUUCUAGUAAACAAUUAUUUACUCCAAAGCCUCUAUCUGAGCCUAGUUUUUUGAAUCUUGUGCCUCAUGAUGAAUUGAUCCGCUUUGUAAGUGAUUUUUUGUUUCAUAAUUGUAUUACGGAAUCUUUAAAAUAUGUUGAAAUUGAAGCUAAAAUUGGUCAUAUUGUGGAUGUUAUUACAGGAGAGAGGCUUUGGCUUCCCGUUCUAACAGAAACAAUUAUUAAUAGUAAUGAAUUGAAAAUUAAAUUUGAGUCAAAUAUGACAGAAUUACAACAUAAAUAUUUUAAUCGCUUUUUAAAUGCAUCAUUUGAAAAAUCUCAGAUAAAGAAUAAAGGGCAACCUAGAGUCCCGAUGAAAUAUAAACAUACAAAAGAGAUAGAUAAGUUUUACAAUAAUUUGUCGCUUGGCCAAGGUUUUCAGAAUAGAGUUCGAAUAACGACAGAUAAAAAGACGGGCCAAAUCAUUUCACGAUUGAUUAAAACAAGAGUCGCAAGCCUAAAUAUAUUUAGUCCAAGAACUCAAUUUGAUUGGAGGCUUAGUGUGAAUAUUGAAAUGCCAUUUGAGCCACGGCCUUUAGGCGCUCUUGUUAUGGAAAGAGAUAAAGAUCGAUUAAGUUAUGUGCAUCAAUUUUGCCAGAUUGAUUUAUCACAAGUUAUUUCUGAAAAUGGUUCUAAGACACACGAACUAGAAGUGGAAUUAUUAGAUAUUGAUGAACUAAAAAAACAUGGAAAUGCAGCAAGUCAUGGACAACCUAAUAAUUUCGAAAACAUUGUACGUAUAUUUGUAGAUAAUGUGCGUAUAUUAGUUCGACAAAAUAUUACAAAUACUCAUUAA